AACUCAGCUACGUGUAGGCUCUGGCUCCUGCAGUGCCACUGCCUCCACACCACUAUUUUGUGACGGUCUUUUGCAGCUCAGUUUCCAACCACCUGCGUGACCUGGGGUACUCGCACUGCCUGUGAGCCUGGGCGGAGGCCUGCCGGGCGCAGGUGGGCUGCGUGACCCCGGGCGAUUUGCACCUCUUUGCCCCACGCCAUAUAAGCAGGAGGAAGGCGGUGGUGCCCUCCAGACCCGUGAUCAGUGCAGGCCCGGCGGAGGCAGGUGAAGACCUUUUGUCUACCAUGGCAUCGAGACUUGUUUCAAAAGUGACUCCCAAAGAGGGACCAUCUCAGUGUGAGGAGAAACGUGUGGUUCUAGUGAGCCCCGUGGGAAAACUGGAGAUAUCUGGGUGUGAAACAGGAUUACAUGAAAUAAAACUUCCAAAAAUGAGCAAGCUGCCAAAUAGGGCAGAGCCCUCGGCCACGUGUGAGGUGUGUGAAGGCCCGGAGGAGCUGCCGGUGCCGCUGGAGCGGGGCCUGGCCUGGCUGCAGGCCUACUUCAGCGAGCCUGCCAUGACGGACAGCCUGCCCCUGCCGCCCUUCCACCACCCGCUGCUCCUGCGAGAUUCCUUCACCAAGCAAGUGUUGUGGACCCUGCUGAGAGACGUGAAGUUGGGAGAGGCCGUUUCCUACAAGCAGUUAGCAGACCUCGCCGGCAACAGCAGAGCAGCCAGAGCGGUGGGAGGAGCGAUGAGGAGCAAUCCUAUCCCCAUCAUCAUCCCUUGCCACAGGGUGAUUUGCAGCAGCGGGCAGAGUGGCAACUACGGAGGAGGAAACCUGAUGAAAGAGUGGCUUUUGUCGCACGAGAAGCUCCAGAAAGAGAAGUUAGCAUAUUGAUGCGGCUCAGGCACGGCUGCUAACCAGCCAAGACACACAGCCAUGGAUACUUGCCUUAUAACAAGCUCUCAGAGCGCCCAGCAGAAUUCAGAAAAAUGGUAAAUAUUUGAGUGACAUAUAAAUAUAAUGCAACAUCCGAAGUGAAAUGUGUGGUGGCACCACUGUAUUAAAAAAGCGGGAUGCGUCCUGAGGGAUGCAGCUCGUCUGCCCUUUCUUGUUUUUACAUUUUACAGCAGAAUGACUACAGCGGUCCAGGCCUGUUGUUGCAUGGAUUCUGUUCCCAUCUCCAGCCCUGUUUUGUUCUAUUUUUAAUGUCCAUUAAAGCGCGGGUAAGGCAGUGGGAGGGACGUGGCGAAGGCGAGGGGCAAGCCUUCCCCCCAGGAGGCACAGCCCGGCCCCGCGCGCCUGGCCCUGCCAGCCUCCUGCCCAGCGCUCCCUCACACACACCAAAAAUCCCUGACGUGGGCUUCUACCUAAGCGGGAGGUAACGGAGUACAUCAAGGUGCAUUCAACAGCGAGUGGCUGUUGAACUGGCUUUUCUUUUCAGACUGGGAGAGCUGGGAAUAGAAACGUUUGCCUUUUUGUGAAUGGUGCACAACUGCUGAAGAAGUGUGUUUUAAGGAAGCGGUUUGAUUAGCACAACACGGGCAAAACACGGGCAAGCUAGUAGUUGUGUCUUUAUCAGCAGCACAUUUCCUUUUAUCAUUUGAUUUGUUAACUGUAGAUUUCUGCAUUUCUCUGUUAGGGGAAGCUUUAUUUCCUGUGGCCUCUCUGUAGGUAGGAUUCCAGAGAUAUUACAAGUAAAUUUUGAGGUGGUUGAAGCAGGGUUCUCUGCAAGUACGAGCCACCAGAAGCUGAAAUUUUCAGUAUGGGAAUCGUAAAUCCUAACAUGGAAAUACUGGGGGUUUUUUCUUUAUGUGUUUUAUCAUAUUUUCAUAGAUGUCUCUUUAGAAGGACCAUUGCUAACCAAGAAAUUAUUGUGUUACCGUGCGUUAGUUAAUACAGGAGUAUUGAUAUCUCGGAAUUACUUCAAUAAAAGAACUGCUUUGCAUGUGCAA